CACCACUUACUAGAUUUUCUUGCUGAGUGCUUACAUUGUACAACCAAAAAAAAAAACCAAGUUUUUAAUUUUUUAUUUCCUUGCAAGUUACAAUCAAUGGCUCUCCAAGCUGCUUCUUUGGUUCCUGCUUCUUUCUCCAUUCCUAAAGAGGGAAAGUCUAGUUUAUCUCUCAAGGACUCCACCCUUUUUGGUCUUUCAUUGUCUGAACCUCUCAAAGCUGACUUCAGCUCUUCUGCAUUGAGGUACAAGGUAAGUAGGGAAUUCCAACAAAGAGUUGGUGCUGUGAGGGCAGAGACAGUGGCUACAACCACUCCAGCAGUUAACAAGUCAGCACCAGAAGGCAAGAAAACAUUGAGGAAAGGAAGUGUUGUGAUAACUGGUGCUUCCUCUGGAUUGGGCCUUGCCACUGCUAAGGCUUUGGCUGAGACAGGAAAAUGGCAUGUUAUAAUGGCCUGCAGGGAUUUCCUCAAAGCUGCAAGAGCUGCAAAAUCUGCUGGCAUAGCUAAGGAAAACUACACCAUUAUGCACUUAGACCUUGCCUCUCUUGACAGUGUUCGCCAAUUUGUAGAUAACUUCAGAAGAUCAGGGAUGCCACUUGAUGUGCUGGUUUGCAAUGCUGCUGUUUACUUGCCAACUGCUAAGGAACCUAGAUUCACUGCUGAAGGCUUUGAACUUAGUGUUGGCACAAACCAUCUGGGGCAUUUUCUCCUUGCACGCCUCUUGCUUGAGGACUUGAACAAAUCUGAUUACCCUUCAAAGCGCAUGAUCAUUGUUGGCUCAAUCACAGGGAACACAAAUACAUUGGCUGGAAAUGUACCUCCCAAGGCUAACCUUGGUGACUUGAGGGGACUUGCGGGUGGCUUGAAUGGGCUAAACACUUCAUCCAUGAUAGAUGGUGGAGACUUUGAUGGUGCCAAGGCAUACAAGGACAGCAAAGUUUGUAAUAUGCUCACAAUGCAAGAGUUCCAUAAAAGAUUCCAUGAGGAAACUGGAGUCACAUUUGCUUCCCUUUACCCGGGUUGCAUUGCCACAACAGGCUUGUUUAGAGAGCACAUUCCUUUGUUCAGGACUCUAUUCCCUCCAUUUCAAAAGUAUAUAACCAAAGGCUUUGUAUCAGAAGAUGAAGCAGGAAAGAGACUUGCUCAGGUUGUAAGUGAUCCAAGCCUAACAAAAUCUGGUGUUUACUGGAGCUGGAAUAAAACUUCUGCUUCAUUUGAAAAUCAGUUGUCCCAAGAGGCCAGCGAUGCAGAAAAGGCUCGCAAGGUUUGGGAGAUUAGUGAGAAACUCGUUGGUUUGGCCUAACUGGGAGCCUCCAAUAUUCAUGUUGUAUCAUUUGACCUUGCCAUGGAGCAAAAUGACAUCUCAGAAGAGUUAAUAUUGUUUUGUGAGCUAGGAACUUUUUUUUGCAUUGAUGUAGGAGUCGAUGACUUCUGAGAUUUAAGACUAUCAAUAAAAUCAUUCAACCAUGUGGCGAAGUGCUUAUAAACUUUCUGAAAUAACUGAACAUAGUGACUGCAA